ACUCUUAGCUCUACUGCUUCCUGACAGACCUCUCAAAGAGAGUAGAGCAGAAAUAUCCACAGAUAGAUGUGUGAGUAGCUGUGUAUAAAGUUGAGGGUGGAGAGAAACAAACAGAUGGAAGGGUGGAUAAGUGGUUAGAUGGACUGAGAGAUAAAUAAGUGGGUGGUUGUGCAGCAGGGAAAUAAAUGCAUAGGUAGAUGGAUGCGUGGCUGGAUGAAUAAAUGAGUAGAUGAAUCAGUAAGUGGAGAGAGUAUGGAUAAAUGGAGAUAUAAAUGGGCAGAUGGAUGUCUAGAGGGGUGGACAAAUGGAUGUGGAUGAAUUAACCAUAUGGGUAGACUGAUGGAUUUAUGGAGGGGUUGGAAAUGGCUAGAGUGGGGCUCAGGAUGUAGAAGGGAAUGAAAGGGAAGGUUAAGGUUGGAUGUGUACAUGCCAGGUGAAGCUAUGCAGUGGUUGAUAGAAAAAUGGAGUAUUGCUACUUAGAGAUAGGUUGGCACAGGGUUGGGUAGAGGAUGAGCCCGUAGGUGACUCUGGAUGGAUGGGUGUGGAGAGGGAUGGGCAUUGUCUUUGGUUUUGCGGGUGGAAGGAUGGGUGCGUGAAAGCAUAGGCAAGUCAGGAGUAUGAAAAGGAAGCAAGUGAACAGAAUGGGUGGGUAAAUGGCUCACGAGGCUAGGCAGUUCUACUUUACUGCGCUCUCCUCACACACCUUUAGUUACUUAAGACUAGGCAUCCUGCCAGGCCUUACCUUAUGCCAACCCCCGAUCGUGGUACUUCAGUGAAUGCUCUAAAGGACACUGUCAAGUUGGGAUAAGUCUAUCUGACCACUGGGAAACAAGUCACCCGAUCAAGGACAUAUCACGUCUGGCAGAGCUGGAGUUAGAGCUCAUAGACAUAUCCCGGAGGCAUUCAGUACUCGCGUUGUGAUACCCAGAAGCAGGGCCCACUAUGGAGAGGUGUGAUCAGAGGGCAGUGGACUGAAAGCCUUGCUCUUUUUGGUAAGGGGCCUACAGGUAGGUGGGUGGUACCUGGAUUGUCCCCAUCUGUACUGCCCUUGCCCCUCAUUUUGCAUCUCCAAACUGGAAGAUGCUUACAGGAACCCCACAAGCAAAGUGUGCUUUAGAAGUAGGGCCCUGACCUGUGCUCUCCCUCCAGAGCAGAUCUGGAGGCCUGGUCAUCUAAAGAAACAUCCACACUAGUCCCCCCUCCCCCACUUCUCCCCGCCUUUCCACAGCCUGGGGGCAGGGAGGGGACACAGCACUGCAUCAUUCCCCGUGGCACUCCGCUCUGGGGCCAUUAACAGACGCCUUCCCAUCGAUUGGUUCUGCUAAGUGCUGCUGAUUCAGACGGGUGGGGGUGAGGGCCCCUAGGGGCAGUGGGGGUAGGAACUGGGCAGAAAAAAGGGGGGAGUCCAGGAAGUAGGAGGUGGGGAGAACUGGCAAAGUUCCCUGCCACCCCCAUUUUCCAGAUGACACGACUGAGGCCCAACCAGCUCUGUAAGGAGGCGGAGUUUCCCCAGGGUCCCUCUCAAGCUGUCCUAGGGGAGGGGGCUCUGGGAGCCACGUGGCCCCUCCCUGCCUCUCGCUUCAUCUCCCGACAAGCUCCAGAGGGGCGGGGAGAGAACGCUGGAGGAGGAGGAACUCCGGCAGCUCUGCAGAGGGGGCCAGGAGCUCCGGUAUUUGGUACCCCCAGCCCCAACGCUGUUGCUGCUGCUGCAGCGGGGACACAGGCCUGGCUGUGGCUGCUCUCUUCCUCCUCCUCCUCCUCCUGCUGCUACUGCUGCUGUUAUUGCUGCUGCUCCCACUGCUGCUACUGCUGUGGCUGGGCACACACAGCCAGUUCCUCGGUGUGUGUUUACCUCAGACCUGCGCUCAACGAACGGUGGGACCCAGCCUUCUCCUGGUCUUCUCUACCAGCAUCCUGCAAGGUUCAGCCGCCCCUCUCCCGGAAGACACACCCAACUUUCUUCCAAUACCCCGCCCCCUCUCCAACCUAUUUUGAGGGAAUCCCCUCCUCUUAGCAGUCUUUUGAGUUUCCCUUGUGUGCUUAGGGGGCUAUAUCCAACUUGAGUACACUUGAGUAUCAGCCCUUUGGGGUUCCCCAGACUCCCCGUUCUCAUCCAGAGCUCUUCAGAUAUGGACCAGGCUUCCUAAGCUCCUCCAGGUAACCUCUCGCCGGCUUCUUAAAAAUAAGCCAGUCCCAUAUAGCACUUUAGCGAUCCUGAGCCCUAAUCCUCACGUCUCCUACCUUCCCUAGAACUCCUGUAGAUUGUAGUUAAUACCCUCCAGGCUCUCCUUGGUAGUGCCAGUCACUCCUGAGAUACUUUUUAGCAUCUUUUACAACCUCCUGGCUCUAGAGCUACCCUUGAGAUGCUCCAGUCCCCUUUUGUGAUCUACAAGGGGGCUCCAACCCAGGGAUCAUUUCCUGUAAGUCUUCUGGGUGUGGACAGCCCUCCCUUCAGCCUUUUCCAAACAGCUCUGGUUCCAUCUCCACCGCUCUGAAUGCCCCUACCUGUCUCCUCUCCAACCCAACUGAGGGAUUGCAGGCCGUCCUUUACUGAGAACUCUUGAGAGUGCACAACUCCCAACCUAGUUCUUGGUCCCUCUGGACACCCUCAGACAACUCUCAGGAAUGUGUUGCGUCCUCUAGAAUCAUCUCAGACUUUCUAGACCUGAGGAUCCUUCUUGGUUCCUCUGGCUCGUCAAAGCCUUCUCAGUCCCUUAGAAAGCUCCCCCAAGCCCCCUAAGUUCCUGUCUGUCUCUCUAGUUCCUCCUCCUGGUUCCUCUUGGUCUUUCCUUUCUCUCUCUCUCCCCCUCCCCAUACACACACACACACACACACACACACACACACACACUGGUUUCCUUUUCUGGGUAGCCCAAGGUCUCUCCAAGCCUCCACCAUCCUGGCGGUAGCCACAUUCUCCUAAACAAAACAUCCCCAAGUCUCCGUGGGCCUGGGGAGCUGCAGGAUGGCGGCAGGUGUGGCCACAUGGCUACCAUUUGCAAGGGCCGCAGCAGUGGGCUGGCUGCCCUUAGCCCAGCAGCCCCUACCCCCUGCACCGGAGGUGAAGGCAUCCCGAGGGGAUGAGGUUCUGGUGGUGAAUGUGAGUGGUCGGCGCUUUGAGACCUGGAAAAACACACUGGAUCGCUACCCAGACACAUUGCUGGGCAGCUCGGAGAAGGAAUUCUUCUAUGAUGCUGAAUCUGGCGAGUACUUCUUUGAUCGUGACCCAGACAUGUUCCGGCACGUGCUGAACUUUUAUCGCACUGGCCGGCUGCACUGCCCCAGGCAGGAGUGCAUCCAGGCCUUUGAUGAGGAGCUGGCCUUCUAUGGCUUGGUCCCAGAGCUGGUUGGUGACUGCUGUCUUGAAGAGUACAGGGACCGUAAGAAGGAAAACGCAGAGCGCCUGGCAGAAGAUGAGGAGGCUGAGCAGGCCGGGGAAGGUCCAGCCCUUCCAGCAGGCAGCUCCCUGCGACAGCGACUCUGGAGGGCCUUUGAGAACCCCCACACGAGCACUGCAGCCCUGGUUUUCUACUAUGUGACUGGCUUCUUCAUAGCUGUGUCAGUCAUUGCCAACGUCGUGGAGACCAUCCCAUGUCGUGGUACCCCACGAUGGCCCUCCAAAGAGCAGUCGUGUGGUGACCGCUUCCCUACAGCCUUUUUCUGUAUGGACACAGCCUGUGUACUCAUAUUCACAGGGGAGUACCUGCUGCGGCUCUUCGCAGCCCCCAGCCGUUGUCGCUUCCUGCGGAGUGUGAUGAGCCUUAUCGAUGUGGUGGCCAUCCUACCCUACUAUAUUGGGCUGUUCGUGCCCAAGAAUGAUGAUGUCUCUGGUGCCUUUGUCACCCUCCGUGUGUUCCGGGUCUUCCGAAUCUUCAAGUUCUCCAGGCACUCGCAGGGCCUGAGGAUUCUGGGCUACACCCUCAAGAGCUGUGCCUCUGAGCUAGGCUUUCUCCUCUUUUCCCUCACCAUGGCCAUCAUCAUCUUUGCCACUGUCAUGUUCUAUGCUGAGAAGGGCACGAGCAAGACCAACUUCACAAGCAUCCCUGCUGCCUUCUGGUAUACCAUUGUCACCAUGACCACACUUGGGUAUGGAGAUAUGGUACCUAGCACCAUUGCAGGCAAAAUUUUUGGGUCCAUCUGCUCACUUAGCGGUGUCUUGGUCAUUGCCUUGCCUGUGCCAGUCAUUGUAUCCAACUUCAGCCGCAUCUACCACCAGAACCAGCGUGCUGACAAGCGCCGGGCACAGCAGAAAGUGCGCCUGGCAAGAAUCCGUUUGGCAAAGAGUGGUACCACCAAUGCCUUCCUGCAGUAUAAGCAAAAUGGGGGCCUCGAGGACAGUGGCAGUGGCGACGGACAAAUGCUGUGCGUUAGGAGCCGCUCUGCUUUUGAACAACAGCAUCACCAUCUGCUGCAUUGUCUGGAGAAGACUACGUGUCACGAGUUCACAGACGAGCUAACUUUCAGUGAGGCCCUUGGAGCAGUCUCACUGGGUGGUCGCACCAGCCGCAGUACCUCAGUAUCAUCCCAACCAAUGGGGCCUGGGAGCCUGUUCUCAUCCUGCUGCUCUCGAAGGGUCAAUCGCAGAGCCAUCCGCCUUGCCAACUCUACUGCCUCUGUCAGCCGUGGCAGCAUGCAGGAGCUAGACACACUAGCAGGUCUUCGGAGGAGCCCUGCCCCUCAAACCCGCUCAAGCCUCAAUGCCAAGCCCCACGACAGCCUUGACCUGAACUGUGACAGCCGGGACUUCGUGGCCGCCAUCAUCAGUAUCCCCACCCCCCCUGCCAACACGCCAGAUGAAAGUCAACCUUCCUCCCCUAGUGGUGGUGGCGGCAGUGGUGGCACACCCAACACCACUCUCAGGAACUCCAGCUUGGGUACUCCGUGCCUCCUCCCUGAGACUGUCAAGAUCUCUUCCCUGUGAGGAACGGGCCUGCCCAUUCAGAGGGCCUUCUUUAUUCUUGGGAACUCCUUUCCAAAGCCAUAUUUUGGGGGAGGCAAAGAGGGGCAGACCUGGGAACUCCCUGUGCCGCCUGACAAGAACUAUGCAAUGGAGUUUCAUGGAAUGGCCCACCUGGUGGGAACGUAGGUAGGGAAUGAGGAACUUCCCUCAGUCCAGACAGUUUUUCUAGUGGGAGCUUGAAGCAUGGGACUCCAUAGGUCCCUGGCCUCCUUGGCCCAGCAUGCUGGGACUGGCCUGUCUCUCCUAGUUGGCCUCUUGCAUGCCUCUUCCCUUGGGCCCUCAGAGGCAGCUUAAAGCUUUCUAUAGUCUGACAUUUGAGGUCUGUCUGGUCUGACAAGAGUUAAGAGUUCCUCUUCUCUUUGGUUGUGUUGUGCAAGUUUGGGAGUUCAGGGAAGAGAACCCUCAUCUCCAAUUUAGCCUCGAGGGGCAAGGUUUUGCCCUUCAACAGGCCCAGCAUUUCCCGGAUUUGGAAGCUUGGAAUGCAACCCUGGGCUGGCUUAAUGGGCUGUGGCCUCUGUAGUGACCUGCUACCCUCAUGCUUUGGCUGAGGGGGUCAGGCUGCUUCUCCCAACACAGAGAUAGCACAAACACUACCACCCCUUUUCCCUGGCUAGCUGCUGGAAGUGAGUUCCCACCACCUGUCUUCUGCUGGGCCUCCAGCAAACUCUAGCAAUAGCAGCUGCUGCCAUACCAAUAUGCAAAGCCUUGGACCAAUUUGCUGCAGCAUAUACAUCUGCUCUGAUCAGAUGGGCCACAUCUAACUACUCUCUUCUCUGAUGUGCUUUCUUCUUGGGUUGGUCUGGAGUCUGGACCUGCUGAGAUAAGAGACUAACAUCCAGCAAGAGCUGGACUGGGUGGUGAGAUCAUGGGCUGGUUUCAUAUUCUUGGGCAGAAGUCCAGAAGUAGUGUGGGCAGAGGACUGAACUGUUCCUGACCCCUGGGAGAGAUAGAAGAUAUCGCCUCCUUCUCUGCUGUAACUCCUUUGCACACUGUCUUCUCCUCCCUCUUGGGUCACCUUCUGGAUCUAUGCUCUCGACUGAAUCUCAUGUCAUCUCAGGUUCCCUGUCUCCAGCUCUGUCCCUCUGAAGCUGGCAGCUGACAAAGAUGAAGUUUUCAUCAGUCAAUAAAGCCUAAGAGGAGAGAUGUGGACUGAGCA